CCGAAACUCUCUCCAGGUAAACUCCCGGUAAACUCCAGGUGAUAUUCUUAAGUUUUCGCAUCUUAAGAAUACAUCAAAUACUUGUGUUAAAUCUUUGACUCGUAGUUCCAACUAUGACAUUGCUUAGAACUUUCACCAUUGUUGUUGGUGUGGUGGUGUUUAUCUAUGUUUUUCUUUGUUUAUGUGGCGUUGUUGAUGAAUGGGUCCGGGAGCUGGAAGAGGACCGGACACGACUCCUAAAUGAGCUCGAGGAAGCCUUCUUGGCUUGUGAUUCUCCUCCCUGGAAACUUUGUGAAAUCCCUGGGAUGGGGAUCAUUAUAAACUGUAAUACUUAUACCUUCCGACAGACCCCAGCAAGCCAGGUAACCCCUGGGUGGGCAUCACAAACCUGGCCUGUUCUGGGCAUCUUUCUGAGAGGGUACCAAGCCAGCCAGGAUGUUAAACAACUGGAAAUCCUCCUCAAGGAUAUGAACGACUCCUGCAAGGGAACUUCUUCACUCUUCCAGUUUUUGCCAGUCCUUCUGGUGGUUAUUUUGAUGGUGUUAGGAGCUACUUUCUGCACUCUUGCUGCAAUACUCAGAGUUCAGAAGUCACCAACACUUUCCAGUAAUGGUAACCCAGAGGUGAGUGGUGACUCCGUGUGUACUCGUGAACAAGUAUUCACUGCUACCUUUGAGACUGUUGGUCCUUCACAGCCCCUUCCCCACACCAUGACCCUCCCCAACACUCUGAUACUCCACGACACCAUGUCCCUAACCAACACUUUGUCCCAACCUGUGCAGGAAAACGACUCCCAGUGUGGGAAAGAUCUCCAGGACAGGAGGGAAAGUCGCGAAGACGAGAAAAGUUUAAAAGAAGACGACAAUCCGAGCCAAGAAGAUAAGAUGGUGACAAGAGAUGAAGUCCCAGAAAACGAAUCUACAAAGUUUGAGCCGGACUGGUUGAGGAACCGGCGCCUGGGACGCAAGACAAGUGAAGGUAGGAGCACGCCUGAACAUAAGAUGGUGACCAAAGAUGACGUCCCAAAAGACGAAUCUACAAAGUUUGAGCCGGACUGGUUGAGGAACCUGCGCCUGGGACGCAAGACAAGUGAAGGUAGGAGCACGCCUGAACAUAAGAUGGUGACCAAAGAUGACGUCCCAAAAGACGAAUCUACAAAGUUUGAGCCGGACUGGUUGAGGAACCUGCGCCUGGGACGCAAGACAAGUGAAGGUAGACGCGAGCCUGAACAAUGCUUUAAUUCCCUCAGUGAGCAGGAAGAACCAGACAGGGUAAUCACUUCAUAUAAUUCCGACUUCUGCGAUGACCAUAUCCCCAAAUACGAAAAUUACUGUGACAACCACGUUCCCGAGGAUGAUCUAGGCGACAACCACGUUCCCGAGGAUGAUCUAGGUGACAAACACGUUCCCGAGGAUGAUCUAGGUGACAAACACGUUCCCGAGGAUGAUCUAGGUGACAACCACGUCACUGACAACGAUGACCAAGGUGAUUGGGAUCUCGUUUCCAAGAAGAAGAAAAAGAAGAAGAAAUUCCAUGAGAGGCGCCAUGUCACUAACAACAAUGCAUCCCAUGAUAAUAACUUCCUCCACGUUGACGAAGUCGAAUUAUAUGACGAUGAUUCAUUUAGACGACACAGCAGAUCUAGAAAAGGAAGUCGUCGUUAUGACGAGGAGUGAAGAAUCUAUGACGAGGACUUGACCACCAGGCUGGUGUGAGGGCACCAUCCUGGUGUGAGGACACCAAGCUGAUGUGAGGACAUCAGGGUGAUGUGAGGACACCAGGAUGGUGUGCGGACACCAGGCCGGUGUAUUAUUAUUAUUAUUAUUAUUAUUAUUA